AUGGCUGGCAGCAAGGCUGUUUUCCAGAAACAGGUGGAUGGUUUGGUGGAUUUUUUCCAUGAUUGGAAUUCGUACAAGAGAGGUUUUGGCAGUCGGCUGUCAGAAUUCUGGCUGGGGAACGACAAUAUCCACCUGCUGACGUCAAUUGGAACCCAGGAACUGCGCAUUGAUCUCAGGGAUUUUGAAGACAACCGUGUAUUUGCCAAGUACAAGUCAUUCAAAAUAUUAGGGGAGACUGAGAAAUACAAGCUGGUCCUUGGAGACUUUCUUGGUGGGACUGCAGGGGAUUCUCUAUCGGUUCACAAGGGCAUGGCCUUUUCAACCAAGGACGGUGACAAUGAUCAGAGCACAGACAACUGUGCUACAGACUGCCUGGGGGCCUGGUGGUACAAUGGAUGUCAUCACUCCAACCUGAAUGGAUUUUAUUGGCGGGAGAGACAAGAGAAGCAUGCUACUGGCAUAAACUGGUUGGCAGGAAAAGGUCAUGGCUAUUCCUAUAAGUUCUCUGAAAUGAAAUUUAGGCCGGUUUAGCCCAGCUGGAGGACCGCUGCAGGCUGCUCCCACUGAGGUGAGCAUUCAGCUCUGAUCAGGCUACAAAGGACUUUUGUCCAUGUGAAGAUUUAGUUUACGGCAAGCUGGGGUGUGAACCUACCCCUCGCUCGCCUGACACGCACUAACCGUGGACCCUCCUGACACCCACUAACAGUUCAUUAGUGCACGUUGAAAAGGGAGUAGGUUGAAGCACACUAAUGAACCGUUCGUGUCCAUCAGCCGGGGCCACACAGAUAGUGUGUGGCAGGCUAUUGUGAGGUAGACUCGCACCCCAGCUUGCUGCAAAUGAAAUGUUCAUGUAGGCAAGCCCUUCGAUGGUUUUUCGCCAUAUGUAUGUUUGUUUUUAAUGCACGUUCUGUGUUUUUUGUGGACAGGGUCUCCCCUGCCUGAGGGUGGGAGAUACUCACCUCAUUUUGCAGCCACUACUUUUCACUUGAUCGUUUCUCAUCCAUUUCCACCUGCGGCCACCACUGAUAGCACAGCGCCUCUCCAGCUAACGGAGCUGCCCCAGGCACCCACUGGAACACAGGUGAAGAAGAGAGAUCAGACUUAUGAGGAGAGCACUGGGUGGCUCCCUCCUCUUCCUGAGACACCAAGUUUGUCAUGUCUGCCAUCAAAUCCAUCUCCAGACACUCGGGGAAUGGAAAUCCUAAAAUGGUCUAAAAACCAGGCUGGUGCCCUGCAUAGCUGUGUCCUCCCUUGCCACUGCAGGUGCUACCACCCCUUCAUCAAGUGACCAUGUGCUGUCAGGACUUCUGCUCUCCUGGCCGGAUCCGUUUUUAAAAGUUGGACUGUUUGUGUUCUUCUCUCAAGCUUUUUUUAUUUUAAGGCGCAAUUAAUAUUAAUAUGGUUAAGAUGAGAGAUGGGCCCACGCUUGCAAAUUCAGAUUUGGAUCCAAACGUCUCCAAAUUUCAGAGCUGUUCCGUUCUGUGAUCCUGGUUUUAGUCCAUCUCUUGCUGUGAUUUCCCGACUGUGAGAAAGAAAACAAAUGUUGUUCCGCUUGGAGAGCAGCUUCCUCUUAAUGCAAGUAAUGUGUACGCAACAUGGUAACAAUUGGGAGUUUUUCUGUGUAAUGCACCUUUAAAUAUCUAGGUGUCUGCAGUCUAUGGAGAGCUACCUUUUUGUGUUUGGUUCAGCUGCAGACUUUAAGGAACAGAAGCAAACAUUGUGCUCUGUCUCCUGGAGACUUUGCUUUUGUUCUUUCUUCUCUUAUUAUUUUCCCUUCUUCUAAAAUAAAAGCCGUUUAGACUGCAAAUGCAUGGCUGGGCUUUGUUUCUGGAUAGCUUUCCAAUUAACAUUUCAGCUGUUUGGUUUGAUACCUUUGGUUCUGUCUAAGCAUUUGGGGAGUGUUGUGUAGAUAGUGUAGCCUUGCUGUCCUGUACAUCACUGCCCACUGAAUGUUCACUAGGGAUUUCCCCUUAUGAAACAAACACAUUUCCUUAAGUUGAUAAGAUGCAAUCAGAGCUGUCGCCACGUGUUUCACAAUACUGGAAAU